AUGAAGUAUUUCAACUCAGCCUCAAAGCCGGCCGACGAGAAAUAUGAUGGCACUAUUGAAAAGCUGCAUCACUUCCUUGGUUUUAUUAGGAAACGUUCAACCACCUAUGGCAUGAUGAGCAUCCUGUCGGACAUAGCCAUCGGCAACAACAAGACCAAGUCGCUCAUCACCCAGUAUGGAUCCAUUACAGAGGCACAAAUGACGGCCCAUGCCGCUGCUUAUCAGAGUUUAGAUAACAGAAAACGACAGGCAGCAUCAAUGCUCGAGGCACUUAUAGUCAACAGCAUUGAACCCGAAGUAUAUGAUGAACUAGAGCAAAGGGAGAACAAAUAUACAGUAAAACUAGUGCCUACAGGCGGUACUGCUGAAGUGGAAAGGAUCGACGGAGCAAUGAUGCUGUACCAACUAAUACAGAUGGUUUGCAUCGAUACCACAGCCACUGAAUCAAACAUUCUAGACCUAUUGUCCAGUGCAGGCUUAAUCCAAGCCAUGUCGGAUGCUGACUCUGAUAUCCAAGCAUUCAACAGAACCGUGAAUGCAUUGGUAGCGUCUCUCAAAUCCAGACAAGGCGACGUGCCCAACCUUAUUGCGCCAUUGUUUAAGGCAUAUAAGACGUGUGCAGAUAGGACGUUUGCCCAGUACAUUGCUCGCAAAGAAGAACAAUAUGAAGAAGGUAAUCUACCUGGCCUUAAACACACGGAUCUUAUUCGACUUGCGAUUGAAAGGUACAAUGUCCUGAAGUCCAAGCGACAAUGGAAACAGAAAACACAACAGGAACUGGAUUUCAUUGCCCUGACCACGGAAAUGAUGGACGAACGUCAGCGCAAACAACUGACGCAACAACCGAUCCACAAGCAGAAACAACAACAAAAGGAUCGAAGAGGGCCCAACAACACUGGUGAAUGGGUAUGGAAAGGGGUAGAGCCGAAGGAAGGAGAGCCGACCGAGAAGAAGUUCCGAGGAAAGCAAUACAUCUAUUGUCCCCAUCAUGGAUCGACUAAGUGGGUAUUGAAGAUUAACCGGCAAGGAAUUGUCCAUUUGACCAACUGCAGAGCCAGGCUUAAGAACGAGGAUUCAACAACGGCGAUGUCAGCCACUACGGACGAUACCGAAUCGAGCAGCGGCAGUGAAGAAGGGACACCAUCCAAGAGGGACAUUCGCAUCGCCCAAGCCUUCGCGUCGAUGAAAGAAGAAGAGUGGCCGGACCUCAUAGAAGAUGAGGACAUCCACGUGCCAAGGAAGAAGUGA